CGAGGUUUUUUCUAUUAUUUUUAUGCUUGUUCUCUUUGACAUAAUUUUGGCACAGUAGAACUAUUGACAUUCGACAUUUCCGAUUUCAGAAUUUAUAAAACAACUACAGUAUAUUAGCAUGCUGUUAUGCUGUGGAUUGGAACUCUAGUUAGUGUUUUCAUUUUUCUCCUAGUUAUAUGUCUCAUCAUCUCUUGGAUAAUUCUAAGACCAUCAGCCAAAAGGACUAUUCUUUUCAACACUAAACUGAAGGAAGAUAAAAGUAAGAUUCCAGUAACAAAUCAAGAAUCUGUCAGCCCUAUAUACGUCUGGAUGACAAUGCCAAGAGAUGGAACGUUUCCAACCCAUGGCCAGUACACGCUACCAAGGAAUUCUCAGAGAACAUUCACGUUUGAUCGAGAGGGAAAGAUGGUUUGUCGAACAUUGAGCACAAACAUAGUUAAAGAUAGAUCUGUCAGCAGAACUUCAAGCAUGUUCAGCUUAGGAACUGAUUCUUUGAACAUCAGGUAAUUUCAAAUUACAAGACCAAUUUGAAAUUUUUCUUUGAUAUAUUGUUUACAAAUAGUUGAUCAUCUUUUUAGUGGACAAAACAUUGUUUAAUCUAAUAGUUCUGACUUGGAAGUAGGAAAUUUACUUAUUUCAAUUGUUAAGAGGAAGAAAAAUCUCUUCAUAACAAGGAGACAAAUAGGGAUGCAACAUUACCGAGGCUUCCCAAGCGAGGGAUGCUUUGGGAUCCAACAAGGUCUUGGGAAGUCGUCAAUGUAAUAUUUCCUCCAAUGUUUAUUGCAUCUUUGUUGAAUCACGUGAAUGAAGAGAUAUGUAAUUUGUUUAACUUGUAAACAAAUUUUAUGAAGAUUUUUCAUCUUCUUGACAAAAU